AUGAAAAUGUCGACACAAUAUUCAAAGGCAUUUAUUUUUCUAAUUCUUUUGGGAGUAUUUGCAUGUGAUACGUCAGCUAGAAAACUCCAGGGAGAUGCAGUAGCUACAGUCUUUGAGAUUCCUGUUGAAAAUGGCGUAGGAUUUGGUCAAAUUAUAGGAGGAGCUGGUGGCAGUAGUGAAGGUGGCGGUGGCGGCGGCGGCGGUGGUGGAGGUGGUGGUUUUAGUGGUAUAGGUGCAGGAUUUGGAUUUGGCUUCGGUAGUGGCCAGGGAUCAGAAAACGGCGGUAGCGGCGGUGGUGGUGGAGGUGGCGGUGGAGGUGGAGAGAAUGGAGGACAUGGUGCAGGAAUUGGGUUCGGCUACGGUAGUGGACAGGGGUUAGGUUCUGACGGUAGGAGCGGUGGCGGAGGAGGUGGCGGUGGCGGGGAGAAUGGUGGUAAUGGAGGACAUGGGGCAGGAUUUGGCUACGGUAGUGGCCAAGGAUUUGGUUUAGGCGGUAAUGGCGGCAACGGUGGUGGUGGUGGUGGCGGAGGAGGCGGAGAGAAUGGUGGUAAUGGUUAUGGAUUUGGUAUCGGAGAAGGUUUCGGCGGUGGUGGAAUUUGA